AUGAUCAAACAAUUACUGAUUCUUAUCGCAAUUAAAUGUACAAGUGGAUUAACAGGUCGAGGAUUAAUGUACCCAGGAAGGACAGAUCUAUUUGAACUUUCUAUUGUUCAUAUCAAUGAUUUUCACGCUAGAUUUGAAGAAGUGAGCCCCACCGCAAGUGCGUGCCAGCGAAAAGAAGGUGCGAUAUGUGUCGGCGGGCUGCCAAGAGUUUUUACUGCGGCUAAACGAUUGCUCAAAGAGCGGCCAAACGCUAUUCUUCUCAAUGCCGGAGAUCACUACCAGGGGACGCUGUGGUACAACUUACAUCGGUGGAACGCCACUGUCACUUUUUUCAACAUGGUACCUUGGGAUGUCUUGACGAUAGGAAACCACGAAUUUGAUGAUGGUAUCGCAGGAUUGGUUCCUUUUCUAAAAAAUAUAAAAGCACCUGUUGUCAUUACUAACAUUGAUAUGAGCGAUGAGCCAACGAUACAGAAUUUAACUACAAACAGCACAAUACUUUACCGCGGCGGUAAAAAAAUUGGAGUAAUUGGUGCAAUUAUAAAAACCACAACCGAAUUAUCGAAAACGGAGAAAUUAAAGUUUUUAGACGAAAUCGAAACAAUAAAUCUCGAGGCCGAAAAAUUGAAACUCUAUGAAAAAGUUGACAUAAUAAUAGUAUUGAGUCACUGCGGUCUGCCAGUUGAUCGAAAAAUCGCCGCUAAUUGUCCUCUGGUUGAUGUUAUUGUCGGCGGGCAUUCUCACUCGUUUUUGUACUCAGGUAAAGCUCCGUUUAUCGACCAACCGGAGGAUGAGUAUCCAGUGGUUGUAACCCAGGUAUCAAACCGCACGGUGUUGAUCGUCCAGGCAGCUGCUUUUACCAAAUACCUGGGCAACCUGACUGUCUGGUUUAACGAGCAAGGAGAAGUGGAGGACUGGGAAGGAAACCCCAUAGUCCUGGACGAGACGAUCCAGCAGGACCCGGAGAUGCUGAAAGCUCUGGAACCUUGGAAAAAGCAAGUCGAUGCUCUAGGGAGCAAAGUUAUCGGCAGGACGAAGGUAAAGAUGCCCAAAACCUGCCGGGUGGGGGAGUGCAACAUCGGGAAUAUGAUUACUGACGCGAUGAUCGAGUCAUUUAUCGACAGAGCCGAGGACGAGAGCUACUGGAGCUUUGCUUCGAUCGCGGUGACAAAUGGCGGCGGUAUCCGCAGUCCCAUUGACUCUGCUUCAGGUGAGAUUACCUUUGCUGAUCUGGUGAUGGCUCAACCCUUCGAAAACUACUGGGAUAUUAUCGAGAUGAAGGGCAGCGACAUUCGAAUGACCUUGGAGAUCUGCGUCGCCAGAAGUCAGCCAGGACAUUGGAAUGGAUACUCUUUCCUGGCCUGGUCCGGGCUUCGGGUUUUUUAUAACAUGUCCCAGCCCGCGUUCUCAAGGGUCGAUAGUGUCAAGGUCCAGUGUCGCCAAUGUGAUGUUCCGGUUUAUGAAAAUCUGCUUGACCAUGAGUGGUACCGCGUGGUAGUACCGACUUUUCUGCUCCGAGGGGGCGACGGGCACUCUGUUAUUGCCAGUAAGCAUCGGAACCACGUCGUAGGAGGGCGCGAUAUUGAUUUUCUCGUCAAGUAUGUGAAGAAAAUUAGUCCGCUGAUGAACGGGCUUGAGGGAAGGAUUGUUUUUGUAUUUCAACCAGAAGACAGUUCAAAAGACGGAUCAAUGCAAGAAAAGAAAAGAAAAACUGACUUCCGCAGUAUAUCUACGGUUCCAAAUUUAUCAGCGCAACAACUUGGAAAUAUAGCACCCGUUCAAGAAAAUAAUGACAACUUACUUCAUGGUUUUAACAGGAGACAAGUUCCUGAUGCUCGCAAAUCAGUUCUUCCUAAUUUGGAUAAUACUAUCAGAGAAUUGAAGAAUUUAAAAGACUCUCCUAAUUUCAGAGAUAUAUUGAUCAGUUAUUUACAAUCCACGCCGAUCUUAGAAUACUACCCGCUAGCGACUAUUAAAAUUAAAUUUUCUGUAGCGUUUGGUCCCGAUAAGAAAAAAGCUCUGGAUGUUCUAAAUGACCCACGGUUAUAUUCAUAG